AUGCUCUCCCCGGACGCCCCAGAGCGUCGCGAUGCUCUCCCCAGACGCCCCAGAGCCGUCGCGAUGCUCUCCCCGGACGCCCCAGAGCGUCUCGAUGCUCUACCAGGACGCCCCAGAGCGUCGCGAUGUUCUCCCCAGCCGCCCCAGAGCGUCGUGAUGCUCUCCCCGGACGCCCCAGAGCGUCGCGAUGCUCUCCCCAGACGCCCCAGAGCGUCACGAUGCUCUCCCUGGACGCCCCAGAGCGUCGCCAUGCUCUCCCCGGACGCCCCAGAGUGUCGCGAUGCUCUCCCCGGACGCCCCAGAGCAUCGCGAUGCUCUCCCCGGACGCCCCAGAGCGUCGCGAUGCUCUCCCCGGACGCCCCAGAGCGUCGCGAUGCUCUCCCCGGACGCCCCAGAGCGUCGCGAUGCUCUCCCCGGACGCCCCAGAGCGUCGCGAUGCUCUCCCCGGACGCCCCAGAGCGUCGCGAUGCUCUCCCGGACACCCCAGAGCGUCGUCAUGCUCUCCCCGGACGCCCCAGGGCGUCGCGAUGCUCUCCCCGGACGCCCCAGAGUGUCGUGAUGCUCUCCCCGGACGCCCCAGAGCGUCGCGAUGCUCUCCCCGGACGCCCCGGAGCAUCACGAUGCUCUCCCCGGACGCCCCAGAGCAUCGCGAUGCUCUCCCCAGCCGCCCCAGAGCGUCGUGAUGCUCUCCCCGGACGCCCUAGAGCGUCGCGAUGCUCUCCCCGGACGCCCCAGAGCGUCGCGAUGCUCUCCCCCGACGCCCAAGAGCGUCGCGAUGCUCUCCCCGGCCGCCCAAGAGCGUCGCGAUGCUCUCCCCGGACGCCCCAGAGCGUCGCUAUGCUCUCCCCGGACGCCCCAGAGCGUCGCUAUGCUCUCCCUGGACGCACCAGAGCGUCGCGAUGCUCUCCCCGGACGCCCCAGAGCAUCGCGAUGCUCUCCCCGGACGCCCCAGAGCCAUCGCGACGCUCUGGGGCGUCCGGGGAGAGCAUCGCGACGCUCUGGGGCGUCCGGGAGAGCAUCGCGACGCUCUGGGGCGUCCGGGGAGAGCAUCGCGAUGCUCUGGGGCGUCCGGGGAGAGCAUCGCGACGCUCUGGGGCGUCCGGGGAGAGCAUCGCGACGCUCUUGGGCGUCCGGGGAGAGCAUCACGACACUCUGGGGCGUCCGGGGAGAGCAUCGCGACGCCCUGGGGCGUCCGGGGAGAGCAUCACGACGCUCUGGGGUGUCCGGGAGAGCAUCGCGACGCUCUGGGGCGUCCGGGGAGAGCAUCGCAAUGCUCUGGGGCGGCUGGGGAGAGCAUCGCAAUGCUCUGGGGCGUUCGGGGAGAGCAUCGCGACGCUCUGGGGCGUCCGGGGAGAGCAUAGCGACGCUCUGGGGCGUCCGGGGAGAGCAUCGCGACGCUCUGGGGCGUCCGGGGAGAGCAUCGCGAUGCUCUGGGGCGUCCGGGGAGAGCAUCGCGAUGCUCUGGGGCGUCCGGGGAGAUCAUCGCGACGCUCUGGGGCGUCCGGGGAGAGCAUCGCGACGCUCUGGGGCGUCCGGGGAGAGCAUCGCGACGCCCUGGGGCGUCCGGGGAGAGCAUCGCGACGCUCUGGGUCGUCCGGGAGAGCAUCGCGACGCUCUGGGGCGUCCGGAAGAGCAUCGCGACGCUCUGGUGCGUCCGGGUAG